UCAAACCUACAAAUUUCAAUUAUUUCCAUUAACCGCCCAAAUGCCCAUAAUGUCUCGUAAUUUGGUCCACUCAUUGAUUCAUAUCUUCACCGAAUAAUCGAAAAAAACCCGACUUCGAUCCGACAAUCUCCCUUCUUUCUCUCUCGUUGCUACUUGCCACUGAUCCAUUCUGCAGGGGAAGGGGAAGGGAAGAAGAUGACUUCAUUGUUUGUGAAAGGACUGCUCCUGAAGUCCACCGCCGAUGAAGAAUACUCGCCAACGAAUUUAAAACAACGGCGGAGAUGUGAAAACGGUGUUCUUCGUGUAUUAGAUCACCACCAUCAACGUCCUUUUCUCCGGUGGAUUCGCCAUGGGAACAUGAGCAUAGCGCGAAGAGCAGAGUCACAGGUCGGUGGAUCAGUUCCACUGCGGGCAGUUCUCAAUCCGGUGUCUCCGCCGGUGAUGACGACCAAAAAGAGGGUUUUCACUUUCGGUAAAGGAAGGAGUGAAGGCAACAAGGGCAUGAAAUCCUUGUUGGGAGGAAAGGGAGCAAAUCUUGCGGAGAUGGCAAGCAUAGGUCUAUCAGUCCCUCCGGGGCUCACUAUUUCAACUGAAGCAUGUAAUGAAUAUCAACAAAAUGGGAAAAAACUGCCUCCUGGUUUAUGGGAUGAAAUAUUGGAAGGAUUGCAAUAUGUCCAGAAUGAAAUGGGCGCGUCUUUGGGUGACCCCUCCAAGCCUCUCCUCCUUUCAGUCCGCUCUGGUGCUGCGAUAUCGAUGCCCGGUAUGAUGGACACUGUAUUGAACCUUGGACUUAAUGAUGAGGUCGUGGCUGGGUUAGCUGGGAAAAGUGGAGCACGGUUUGCAUAUGAUUCAUAUAGAAGGUUUUUAGACAUGUUUGGCAAUGUUGUAAUGGGUAUCCCACACUCUUUAUUUGAUGAAAGACUAGAACAACUGAAAGCUGAAAAAGGGGUUGAGCUUGACACCGAUCUCACUGCUGCUGAUCUUAAAGAUCUUGUUGAGCAAUACAAGAAUGUUUAUGUUGAAUCGAAGGGUGAAAAGUUUCCCGAAGAUCCGAAGAAACAACUAGAGUUGGCAGUGAACGCGGUUUUCGAUUCAUGGGACAGUCCAAGGGCCAACAAGUACAGGAGUAUUAACCAGAUAACUGGACUUAAAGGGACAGCAGUUAACAUUCAAUGCAUGGUGUUUGGGAACAUGGGGAACACUUCAGGAACUGGAGUUCUCUUCACCAGAAACCCAAGCACAGGCGAGAAGAAGCUAUAUGGGGAGUUCUUAAUCAAUGCACAGGGAGAAGACGUAGUUGCUGGAAUCAGAACGCCACAGGAUUUGAACACCAUGAAGGAUUGCAUGCCGGAAGCGUACACAGAGCUUGUGGAGAACUGUGACAUCUUAGAGCGACAUUACAAAGAUAUGAUGGAUAUUGAAUUCACAGUUCAAGAAAACAGACUUUGGAUGUUGCAAUGUCGAUCAGGGAAACGUACUGGUAAAGGCGCAGUGAGAAUUGCAGUAGAAAUGGUGAAGGAAGAGUUAAUUGAUACUCGAACAGCAAUUAUGAGGGUCGAGCCUCAACAUCUAGACCAACUUCUUCAUCCACAGUUUGAGAAUGCAUCUGGUUACAAAGACCAAGUGGUGGCAACAGGUUUGCCAGCAUCCCCUGGAGCAGCCGUGGGGCAGGUUGUAUUUAGUGCUGAAGAUGCUGAAACAUGGCAUGCACAAGGAAAGAAUGCCAUCUUGGUAAGGACAGAAACAAGCCCAGAAGAUGUUGGUGGUAUGCACGCAGCGGCCGGUAUAUUGACAGCAAGAGGAGGAAUGACAUCACAUGCGGCGGUGGUAGCUCGUGGAUGGGGGAAAUGUUGUGUUUCUGGUUGUGCUGAUAUUCGUGUCAAUGAUGAUAUGAAGGUUCUUUUGAUUGGAGACAAGGUGAUAAAAGAAGGUGAAUGGAUUUCACUUAAUGGUUCCACGGGUGAAGUUAUAAUGGGUAAACAGCCACUGGCUCCACCGGCUAUGAGCAGUGAUCUAGAAACAUUCAUGGCAUGGGCAGAUCAAGUAAGACGGCUCAAGGUCAUGGCAAAUGCAGACACACCUAAUGAUGCCUUAACCGCAAGGAAUAAUGGUGCUCAAGGAAUCGGACUUUGUAGGACUGAACAUAUGUUCUUUGCAUCCGAUGAGAGGAUAAAAGCUGUAAGGAAGAUGAUUAUGGCUGUCACUGUUGAGCAAAGAAAAACAGCACUAGACCUGUUACUGCCUUACCAAAGAUCCGACUUUGAGGGAAUUUUCCGAGCAAUGGAUGGACUUCCAGUGACAAUCCGCCUUUUGGACCCUCCACUCCAUGAAUUUUUACCCGAAGGUGAUCUUCAACAAAUUGUGAGUGAACUCACUGAGGAUACUGGCAUGACAGAGGAUCAAAUUUAUUCAAGGAUCGAGAAUUUAUCUGAAGUGAACCCAAUGCUUGGUUUCAGAGGCUGCAGGCUUGGAAUUUCAUAUCCGGAGCUAACCGAGAUGCAAGUGCGUGCAAUCUUUCAAGCUGGGGUGACUAUGAGCAACCAAGGCGUCACAGUUCUCCCAGAGAUCAUGGUUCCAUUAGUUGGAACCCCUGAGGAACUCAGACAUCAAAUCAGUGUCAUUCGUGGCGUAGCAAGCAAGGUUUUUUCUGAAAUGGGAUUGUCAUUGAAGUAUAAAGUUGGCACCAUGAUCGAGAUCCCUCGAGCUGCUCUAAUUGCAGAUGAGAUUGCCAAGGAAGCUGAGUUUUUCUCUUUUGGAACCAACGAUCUCACCCAAAUGACAUUCGGCUACAGUAGAGAUGAUGUUGGCAAGUUUCUCCCAGUUUAUCUAUCCAAGGGCAUUCUACAAAAUGAUCCCUUUGAGGUUCUUGAUCAAAAGGGGGUGGGUCAGUUGAUCAAGAUGGCCACCGAUAAGGGCCGUGCAGCGAAUCCUAACUUAAAGGUUGGCAUAUGUGGAGAGCAUGGUGGAGAGCCUUCUUCUGUUGCAUUUUUCGAUGGGGUUGGACUAGAUUAUGUCUCUUGCUCUCCAUUCAGGGUCCCUAUCGCAAGGCUGGCAGCUGCACAAGUCGUUGUUAAUUAAGCUUCAGAAUGAGGGAAAAUAGUUUGUGUAUUCCCCAUUUCCCGUUGUUGUAUAUAAAUAAGUAAUCAUGGUUCCAUCAUUCUUGUAAUGGCAAACACAAAAUAAUUGAUUAUAUCAUGUUUGGCAUACAUGGGUAUAAUUAUCAAACGACCAUCUAUCCAA